AUGGCAGGCAACACUCACCACCCGAUCCACAUUCAUCCGGUGCGACCGCUGUAUCGCUUCACUGCCACGGCAUUGGGCGCCAGCAUGUGGUUCUUCCUGAUGUACCGCGCCAAGAAGGACGGCCCUGCUCUGCUGGGCUGGAAGCACCCUUGGGAUCACUAG